AGAGCCAUGUUUGUUUUGUGAUGGAGUACGCUUCAGGAGGUGACCUCAUGAUGCAUAUACAUAAUGAAGUUUUCUCAGAACCAAGAGCUGUGUAAGAUAUUAAAUUUUUAUUCGAAUAUUUUUGUCAUUCUCAUCUUUUGACUUAAUUGGUCGAUCAGAUCCUUUCGUUCAAUGUGCCAUUUAUACUUCAUUGAUAUUUUCCCAACUUUCUACAGGUUUUAUACCUCCUGUGUCGUUCUUGGAUUGCAGUAUCUACAUGAUCACGAAAUUGUUUACAGGUUGGUGUUUUUGUUGAGAUAUAUUGGUAGAGUAUUGAUGACACAGUGGCAUCAUUUUGUAUGUUUCACUUGACAGGGAUUUAAAAUUGGACAAUUUAUUACUGGAUGCUGAAGGUUACGUGAAGAUAGCAGAUUUUGGUUUAUGUAAGGAGGGUAUGGGUUACGGUGCGAGAACGGGCACUUUUUGUGGCACACCGGAGUUCUUAGCACCUGAGGUAAGUGAUGUAUUAUACGCACCUAAAAACGCACAAGUUGUAACAAAUCUGCAGCAGACUUGUAGCAAUGCUGUUCCAACAAAUUGUCAACAGGAUGUGUUCGCACUGCUUGUUCCCAGCUUAUUGACAAGUUUUCAACGGCUUGUUGACGACUUGCUAUAAGGUUGUUGAGCUCAACAGUCUUGUUGCAAGUUGUUCCAACAACUUGUUAUCGUCCUGCAACUCAACAAUUUGUCAACAAGUUGUGAGUGACAACCUUGUAGCAACUUGAUAAAAUAACACCAUUGUUACAACUUGCAAUGCUCGACAGCUUGUGAACAGAUUUGUAACAACUUGUGCGUUUUUGCGUGUGUAGAUCGUGAUCUCUCCUCGUGAAUAUCAAAAAUCUACCAGAAAGGAUUUGUGAUAAAUGAGUUGAUGUUCUUUUGUUAGGUCCUUACAGAGACAUCAUACACUCGCUCAGUGGACUGGUGGGGCUUGGGAGUCUUAAUAUUUGAAAUGCUUGUGGGAGAGGUGAGAUAUAGGUUUGAAUUCAAUACUUUUCGUCAACCGCUUAAACCUGACCUGAACAAAAUGCUACAGCUCAGUUCUAAACUUUUCCUCUUACAAAUCCAGUAAGGGCCAAUGAACUGGAAGCACUCUUCUCACGUGUGAUUGUUAUGAAAUUUCAACCAGAUAACUUGCAUAGUGUAGGAAUGAUCCCUCGAUCAGACAGGUUUAAGACACAUCCUAAGUGACGGUGACCACUGUUCGACCGACGCCCGUGGAACCUUAAGCCACAGUCUACACUGUUCGUUUUCUAAAACGUGGUUUACACUAGGCCAAAAAAAAUAAAUAUGUGGGUUUCCGGUUUCCCGACCCUACCUAGCUUUUGGACGUCGAAAUCCCGACCCUAAACUUUUUUAUUGGAUCAUGGUUGUAAGUGUUUCCACUUAGAGGAAAACGUUUGUGGAAAAUUGAAAUUUGAGGCAAUAUUAAGGAAAUUUAUCUUUGGAUGUGGAAGCACUGACUAAACAAAAUGGCGUCCGCUUGUUCGGAAAAUUAAAAAAAAAGUUUAAAAAAAAAAGUUAAAACCGACCUGCCCUACCUAAGUUUUUAUAAGAAGAAACCGGAAACCCACAUUUUUUUUUUGGCCCUAUCAAAGUUUCUGUGAUCACAGUAGGAAUUUUGCAUGGGUAAAGUUUUGAAUGAUUUGUAAGAAAUGUUUGAGGGAAAUGACUCAUUGUUUAACACUAAGUCAGUUCCUUCAAACAUUUCUUACAAAUCCUUCAAUCACAGAAACUUUGAUAGUGUUGUCCUCCAUGCGACCAACAGCCGCAGAACUAAGAACCACAACCUACACCGUCCGUUAUCUAAGUUUUUUUUAGUGAUCAUCUUGAGAACAUCUGUUGUCUUUUCUAGUCACCAUUCCCUGGAGAUGAUGAAGAGGAGGUGUUUGAUUCCAUCGUCAAUGAUGAAGUUCGUUAUCCCAAAUUUUUAUCUACCGAAGCUGUCACCAUAAUGAGAAGGGUAAGAACGCCAGAAAGCAGAAAGGGCUGUGAAAUGAAUGGGAGGAAAUUCCCUUGCCGUUGUGAGGAUCACUUACCCUGGUCAAACGAGAACAAGAAUUGCAUGAGAGUUGAUGAGAAUUGAAAAGCGAGAGUUUGCAUGAGAGUUUUCACAACUCUAGUGCCCUGGUCAAACGAGAACAAGAGUUGCAUGAGAGUUGAGAAGCGAGUGUUUGCAUGAGAGUUUUCACAACUCUAGUGCCCUGGUCAAACGAGAACAAGAGUUGCAUGAGAGUUGAUGAGAAUUGAGAAGCGAGUGUUAGCAUGAGAGUUUUCACAACUCUAGUGCCCUGGUCAAACGAGAACAAGAGUUGCAUGAGUGUUGAUGAGAGUUGAGAAGUGAGAGUUUGCAUAAAUGUUUUCUCAACUUUCAUGCCCCGGUCAAACGAGAUCAAGAGUUACAUGAGAGUUUUCUCAACCCUCAUGCCCCAGUCAAACGAGAACAAGAGUUGCAUGAGAAGUUCAUGAGUGUUGAGAAGCGAGAGUUUGCAUGAGAGUUUUCUCAACUCUCAUGCCCCGGUCAAACGACAACAAGAGUUGCAUGAAAGUUUAUGAGAGUUGGCUAGAUAUUACCGAUCAAAUGAGGCUAACGGGCAGUGGCUCUCAUCAACUCUUAUGGAAUUUGAAUCAGCUCAAAAGUUGAUAAGAGGCACGAGAAUCGAUGAAAGUUGGCGAUCAAACAGUUACAACUUUCAUUUGAGUGGAGCUUUAUACAAGUGGUCAUUGUAUUUUUUUAGUUGUUACGACGAAAUCCCGACAGAAGAUUGGGUGCAGGUGAAAAUGAUGCCGAAGACGUGAAGAAACAUCCGUUCUUUAGGGUAUGGAAACUUGAACUUUGUUUAAUCAAACAUAUUUGUAGUGUAGAAUCACUUUUGUGUAUUCAAUACUUAAUUUCAAUGCUAGGACGUGAGAUGGAAAGAUUUACUAUCCCGUAAAGUGAAACCACCAUUUGUACCAACUUUGGUAAGUACACAAUUUUUGUUAUUGUCCAAAUUUAACUGUCACAUGCGCUGCAACUAAAUCAACAAUAUAUUUCUUUCUUUCUUUCUUUGCCAGAAACAUGCGGAAGAUGUGAGUAAUUUCGAUGAAGAAUUCACGUCGGAAGACCCAGUGCUAACACCGCCUAAAGAGCCUAGACCUCUCAAUGUCGAGGAUCAGGUACGAAUCAUGAUGCAUGCCGAUUAUGAAAGUGUUGAUAAUUAUGGAUGACCCCUUACUGCACUUCAAGUUUGACGACAUGAUUUAGUUUCAAAACUCAAUUCAAAAUUGAGUUUUUCGGUCCGUUUUAACGGCCAGUAAACAAUUAACCGUCAAUGCCCUUGUCUUUGACAAGUAAAAUAGCCUAGUCUUGGAGUGAAGCCCCGUUUACACUGUCUGUGUUCACAGUAGGAAUUUUGCGUCGGUAAAUUCUACGUUUUGAUGGAUUUAUAAGGAAUGUUUGAGGGUAGGAAUUUGGUUAAUUUCAGGCGAAAUCUUACAAAAACAUAAAUCCUGCAUUCUCUUUUCAGGCUUUGUUUGUGGAUUUCGACUACAUAGCAGAUUGGUGUUGACACAUCUACACACCAGCGGCAUAACAAGGCAGUACGCUACAAGUCAUAGUAAGAUCACAAAAUAAUGAACUGCUGGUGUAUGCCUGAUGCUGAAUAUAGAAACACCUGAUCUAUAUACGUUGAUUUGUAUCUGUGAGUUUCACUAAAGGCUAUUUUUCAUUGCAGUCGCUUUGCCCGCGCGGGCGGAACGAACAUUACUCAACUCUCUCUGUAGUUGUCUAACCUGUGCAUUUUUUGUCCGCCUGACUGCAGACCAGACUGCUCCGGAGUCCGGACACGCCAUGAAAGUAGAACUACAUUCAACUUUCUUGGCGUGCCCGCGCGACUGAUUUUUCACGUGAUGAAAAUUGACCGCUCCACCCGCGUGGGCAAAGCGACUGCAAUGGAAAAUGGCCCUAAGCACUAUCGUGCAACAGAUGGUGGUCAACCUACAGAGUUAGAAAUAUUCAUACUUUUCCUUCAGUGGCGGACCCUCUGAUGUUGAUCACCAUUUACUGUUCUGUCACGUUUACUGAGGCCCAUCAGUACUAUGGAUGCAAUCCAAUGAAUUGUUAAUAAUGAACUUCGCGAGAGAAGUAUAUACUUUAAAAUGCUUAGGCAUAUGGAUACCAGUUUCUACAUAAAGCCUCAUUUCCAUGCGGUGCGACUGACGUGACCAAGGCGGCCCAUCAGGGCACGGUUCUUCAAAGGUGGGUUAGCGCUAACCCUGGGUUAAAAUUUAACCUGCUGUUUUUGUUUGUGUAUUUCUGCACGUCUGUUUAUUUCAAAAUUUCAGAGAAGUAAACUCCUAUCGAUCCAGACAAGAUCUCUGAAGAAAUAUUUCCAAAUUUAUAGACAAGCUGUCAGGAAGUUUGCUUUGAAUUUUAGGUUAACCUAGAGUUAAGCUAACCCAGCUUUGAACAACCUGCCCCAGGCGAAUUUGUUCGCACGAUGCUUUUGCUGACGUGAUAAGCGAUGUCAACAAAGGGAAAAGUCGCUUCGCGCGAACAAUUCGCCUGGCGGAAAAUAGGUUUACAUUGGCAACCUUGAAAUAUUCACGACAUACCCUACCGUAUGGAAACAAGGCUUCAAUUUUCCAAGCGAGAAAACCUGCGAUCAGGCACUCGAAGUGAGCUUUCUUAUAAAGCCCUGGGCAAACUAGGAAACAUUGUUGUGGAAACAUUGGUGAUUCUCGAUGUUUCCUCAAAUGUUUCCCCGUUUGCCCACCCGUGGAAACAUUGUUGCAGAAACAAAAUUUUCUUCCCGAGAAGCAAAAAUGUUUCCUAGCAAAUUCAGAAACAUUUGAUGUUUCCCUAUGUUUCUCACUAAUGUUCCCUAGUGUUUGCCCACUCUGGGAAACAUGGCGAAACAUUGGCAGGAAACAAUGUUUCCACAACAUGUUUCCUAGUUUGCCCAGGGCUUUACAAAGCAAGCGCCCUGCAAACGAGGCUGCCAUCAAAGGUGUAUUCCCAAUAAUGCCAAGGUGUAUUGGCGAAUUCAGGUUUGGUUUUAUGUCAAACCUGUUUGUAUACUUGUAAUCAAAGAUAGUUUGAAAUUGUGAAAGAGAUUUUGAUCUUUUGUAAAAUUGUUCUGUUUUUUUGUUUGUUUGUUUUGUUCCGGGGGGG